AUGUCUUCACCUGAUCUAGGCCCUUUGGCAAUGAGUCAAACAAAAGAUGACCUCGUCAAGCAUUUAAACAUUAGUGCGGAGACGUAUACCCUGAUGGCGAGUGCUUACUUAUCUUGGCCACCACUUCAGAAAGAGACAGAUACGGUCUAUAGGUGGCUCAUUUCGGAGAAAUGCCACCUCAAGAAGAACUGCAAAGGAAAACCUCCGUACGAUUGGAGCGAUAUUGUUGAGAGAUCGAAGGAUGAAGCAAUGAAGCUGAUAGUCCAAAAUGGUACUGAUAAAACGGCAUACUACUGGAACUUAGCCAAGCCGACUCUCGAUUGUCCAAACUGGAUAGCAAGAUGGUUCUUAUAUCACAAAUUUCGCUAUCGAGAUGGUAGGAACAGAAAUAUUAGGGCCGAUAGUAGGGACAAUGCUUCCUACAAUUCCACGAUCCCUUCGCAUCACCAUCACCAAAAUCACCACCACUCGCAUCAUUCAUACCCUUCACAUCAUAGACAUGUACCAGUACAGGUAGAUGAGCAAUACAGCCACUCUUCGUACUAUUCAAGUGCGUCCAUGAAUUCAGGAGACAGUCAGGGAUACGACUAUUCUUCCACUGAGCCUAGCUCAUCUACUGGUGGCUACGCCACCUACUCAUCUAGUCAGGCAUAUCCACCAUCGUCGUCGUAUGCAACUUAUUCGUCAUCGCCGAUCACCCGGGUGACCGGGCAGACGAAGCCAUACGAUCCAGUUAGAGAUCUUUAG